UGUGUAUCUGUAACUGUAAUCACAUCAAAGAUCAAAGCAAUCAACAGAAUUAACUGCCACCUGUUAAUGUUCCGAAAGAGUGACAGCAGCCAGAGGUGGACAGACUGGAAUUUCUGGCCUCGAACAGAAAGCAUUUUUGGCAAAACCAUAAUACCUAUCAUUGAUCCGACUUCACUUUGAGCGUCCUGAGUUCUUCCUGAAUGUCUACAUAUGUUUUUUUUAAGAAAAAUGAAAAAAUAGCUUUGUUAGAGCGAUCAAAAAAAACUGUUAAAUUUCCCUUUUUCCGAAAUCUUGCUGCGUUUUUAAUAUGGGAGCCAAUGAGGCUGUUGGUGCAUGUUGGUGGCGCAUCUGUGUGUCCUACGCCCAAACUAUAACUCUGACAGCUUUACCAGAGGAUUGUGAGUGAGAAGACUAAUUUUCCUACGUUUCCUACAAAAUAUUACCCCCCUCCCCCGGGUCCGUAUGUUUUUUUUAACACAUUCUGGCAGUAUGUAAUAUCCUCCAAUAUUCUAGGGUUGAAAUUUGCAAGGAUUUCGAUGAGUGCCCUAUUAAGGGUUGAAUAAAUCAUCAAGGAGGUUAAAAUAAGAGGAUCAAGAUUUGAUUUAUAACUGAACCAAAAAUAACCAAAUGGCCAGAGUGACUAAUUUGACCUCCACACUGAAGUGAAAAGUCACUUAAUGUAGCUCACUCAUAUUCAUAAACAACGAGGAACGGAGGUCCAACAUCAUCUAGAAUAAACUAAAUGAAGACACUGAAGUGAAUACAAACACAAACAUUAAUGAAUGAUAUAAAAAGUAAGAAGGAGAGAUGAAUGACAGACUGUGUUAUAUUCAUUGCAUAAUAAUAUUUAUGUUACGACCCGGCUCCAUUUUGAGAGCUGUAACAUGUAAAAGGGAAUAGAAAUGAGGUGGAACGAACACUGGGCAGUUCUGGUUAAAAUCAGGUGUUUAUUUUUAACCAGUAAGAGAAUGCUCUUAUACAACAAAAUAUAACAAAAUGAGGCUAUAUGGGGGCUGAUAAUUAAGCAAUACACUAUACAAAGUUGAAUAAUUUAAUUACCAAGCUCUUGGCUUAAAAAUAAAAACCUCUAAAGGACAAAAAGAGGUCAGCACCCAUAAGCUUUCAGAAAACAACAGACAAAACAAACUAAAAUUUAAACAAAGGGUGUCCAACUCUUGGUUCUCUUUAUCUAAUGGAUUUACAAACUAACAGAACUUACAAAGAUUCCCAAAAACACUGUCUGAACCGCUCAGACAGGCAAGCAAUACUGCUGCAACAAUAUGUAAUGAUAUCAAAUAAUACUUAGGCUGCUGAAACAACAGAUAAAAAGAUAACACAAACUGCAAAAGGAACUGCGGUCAGACAAAAAAGAAAAGAAAAAAAAGAUGAUAGUUGCAGCUGCCCACGCAGCAAACUGCUUUAUAAAAGAGUCUAGCUGAGUCCCCCAAGAAGACGAGUCGGUUGUCUUCUGGCAUCAUGGACGCUCUGCACAGAUCUCUGCUGCUUCACCUGCUGACAUGUCUCGGACAACACGCAUAUGCGGUCAUAAAUGGAGAAAAGGCUGCGGAGGGGUCGUUGCCGUUUAUGGUCUCAGUGCAGACCAGACAUAAUCAACAUGUUUGUGGAGGAUUCCUGAUCCGUCAAGACUUUGUUGUUACUGCUGCACAGUGUGACAGGCCGGAUAUUACACAUGUUGUUGUCGGCACCAACGAUCUCAAGAAGGCUGAUGGAAAAAAAAUAUCUAUUAAAGAGAAAUGCAAGGACCGAUCUUACACGGAUGUGGAAGAAGGUUAUGACAUCAUGCUCCUCAAAUUGUCAAGGAAGGCUACACUGGACAACAGCAUAACAACAAUUCAGCUUCCAAGCCCUACAGAAAACAUAAAAGAUAAGACACCGUGCCGUGUAGCUGGGUGGGGUAGCACACGUACUGGUGGUGCAGUUGUUGAUGAGCUGAGAGUGGUGGACGUGUCUAUCAUUAAAGAACGAGUCUGUGAGAAGGAGUGGGGCGGUCAUCUUCCUUACCAUGUCAUCUGUGCAGGUGGAAAUGAAACAAAAAAAGGAUUCUGUCAGGGUGAUGCUGGUGGUCCUCUGGUCUGCAACGGGAAGGCUGUUGGUGUCGCGUCUUUCAACAAGAACAAAAACUGUGACUACCCAGAUGCACCAAAUGUCUAUACUGACAUAUCUAAAUACAUUACUUGGAUCAAAAAAAUCACUGGAUGUUGUGAGCACAAACCUUGUGAGCAAAAACCCUGCAAAAAGUUUUUCUACAACAUACAGUGAUUGUAAUUUGGGGUUUUUGUUAAUUACUCUUUUAACCCUUAAUAGGGCACUCAUUGAAAUACUUGCAAAUUCCAAAUUUCAACCCUAGAGAAUAUUGGAGGAUAUUACAUACAGCCAGAAUGUGUAAAAAAAACAACAU